UCUUUGGAACAUUUUCUUUUUCUUUUGAUGCAAAAAAUCUUGAGCUAAAAAAAUCUCCCAUACAAAAAAGGGAAAAAAAAAACUUUUAUAUUUACAAAAAAAGCGAUUAAUCAAAUCCAAAUUUGUUGGGUAGUAAUAGAAGAAGAGAGGCAGAGGACCAAACUAGCCCUUAUCAGAUUUUAGAGGAAAAGAAAUUUAGCUUUUUUUUUUUCACUUCUUAUUCUCCCUUUUUUGAUAAUCUUGGGGAGGCAGAAAAUUAUCGCCCGCCAGCUGAACAAACCCAAUAUUCAAUCUUGAAAAAUUUUCAGGAAAGUGAAAAAGUUAAAGUAUGAGUUCACUAGAUGUGCCCAGGGCUGAACUUGCUCUUUUAGUCCUGUAUUUGAACAAAGCUGAAGCCAGGGACAAGAUAUGCAGGGCAAUCCAAUAUGGUUCAAAGUUCUUGAGUGAUGGUGAGCCAGGUACCGCACAAAAUGUUGAUAAAUCAACCAGCCUGGCUAGAAAAGUCUUCCGUCUCUUUAAGUUUGUUAAUGAUUUACAUGCUCUGAUUAGCCCUGCUCCUGCUGGAACUCCUCUUCCAAUUGUUCUUCUGGGGAAGUCGAAAAAUGCUCUAUUGUCGACAUUUUUGUUCCUUGAUCAAUUUGUCUGGCUUGGCAGAAGCGGAAUCUAUAAGAACAAGGAGCGGACUGAUUUGAUUGCCAAGAUAUCUCUUUACUGUUGGAUGGGUUCCUCUGUCUGUAAUUCGCUUGCUGAGAUUGGAGAACUUGGAAGGCUUGCUGCCUCAAUGAAGAAGUUGGAGAAAGAGCUUAAGGGCAGUGACAAAAACCAAAAUGAGAAAUACCGAGCUAAGGUUCAGAAUUAUAAUGACAGGUCCUUGGCCUUGAUUAAAUCUGCCUUGGAUAUUGUUGUGGCUGCUGGACUGCUCCAAUUGGCACCCAAGAAAAUAACUCCUCGUGUGACUGGGGCCUUUGGUUUUGCUACAUCUCUCAUUUCAUGUUAUCAGUUGCUUCCAUCACGACCUAAGUCCAAGACAUCCUGAAGAAGGGGAAGCGCCUCAUUCCUGCAAGGUUGAAAGGAGUAUAAGAAGCCAUGAUCCAUGUUUGUGUAUGUUUGGAAGACUAGAAUUUAAGUAAUGGUGAGAUUUCACCUGUUAUUACGAACCAUUCUCGUUUCUUUCUUUCAUGCGUAACUUUGUCUUUACACUUCACUAUAGAAAUAAUAUAUUUGUUAAUUAAUGUUGUCUAACCGAUAAAGCAAAUGCUAUAUUCAUACAA